AUGAAGAGCGAAAGUACCAAGUCUCCCCCCAAGAGCCCUCGAGAGCUUGAGGCUACCGAAAGUAUAGCCAAUGGCCACAUCAUUGGCUCAGGGGAUGCAGGCAUGAAGAAAACAUUCAGCUUCUUGGGGAUCCUGGCUCUCGGGUUCAACAUAUCUAAUAGCUGGGUCGCCAUCGCCUCCUCCUUGGCUCUUUCCAUAGCUGCCGGAGGCACCGUCACUAUACUUUACGGGAUCCUGGUUGUUGGAUUUGCCAUGAUAUGCACCGGUUUCAGCCUAGCAGAGCUCGCCAGCGUCUACCCGACUGCUGGUGGGCAGUACCACUUGACCUCCAUCUUGGCCCCCGAGCGUUUCAGCAAGGGGCUGUCCUACACCUGCGGCAUGCUGGGAGUCUUCUCCUGGAUUAGUAUCGGGUCUUCGAUCGCCUUGAUCGUAGCACAGACUAUCAUGGCUUUGGUUAUUCAGUACCAUCCCGACCUCACCAUCAAGUCAUGGCAUUACUUCCUCCUUUAUGUGGCUGUCCAUGUGAUAGCAGUGCUGUAUAACCUGUUCCUCGCACAAAGGACGGAAUGGAUCUACAAACUUACCUUUACAUCCAUCGCCUGUCCUUCACUCACCAACGCGAGGGCGAACUCAUCCUUUGUCUGGACCACCUUUUACAAUAACUCCGAGCUGUGGCCUGACGGAAUCUGUUUCCUGACAGGACUCUCAGGCCCAUCCUUUAUGCUCAUCGGGCUUGAUGCCACCAUGCAUCUCGCAGAGGAAUGCAGCGCGCCCGCCAAGACCAUCCCGAAAGCCAUCAUCUCCACGGUUCUGGUUGGAGUUUUGACGGCAUUCGCCUUCGCUGUUGCCAUGUGCUAUAGCACAGACGACUUCGAGUCUCUUCUAACGACGCCUACAGGGUUUCCCAUUUACGCUCUAUGGCACCAAGCCACAGGUUCGCUACCAGGUGCUACGGUACUGAUGGUGGCACUUCUUUGUGUUAUGAUGUCAGCAUUGAACGCGGUGCAUCAGACGGCUUCUCGUCUCACUUGGUCAUCUGCUCGAGACGAUGCCAUCGUCCUGGCAAAGUACUUGAAACUCGUCCACCCGAGACUGCACAUGCCUGUCUAUGCACUCUUACUUAACUUCGUCUUCUGUGUCAUCGCUGGGGCUCUCUAUCCGGCAUCGACCUCGGCGCUCGAGCGCGUAUCUACCAGCGUCACGCGGCUUCCGCAUACCAAACAUGGCUGGCUAUUUUUGCAACAUCGUUGCUGUGGGAUGGACAACCCUUGUUACGGUGAUAUUCUGUUUCCCCACCGUGGCUCCAAUCACAGGAAACAACAUGAUUGUUGCCGUUGUCUUCGUACUGGGGGCCGUGAAUUGGGGUUGCUAUGCGCGAACGAGAUAUCAGGGGCCGCGCCUGGAAUCAUUGUCAUUGUGAGGGGAAGUCAUCACGCCACGACUACGUGCAUCUUCCUCUUUUGUCUUUUCAGGAUGGGUUCCGGAGAUUAUUCUUUCAUCGCUGGUACUUGUGCAGCACGCAGCAUGAAGGCCUAG